GCAUGGACCUCGGAUUGUCUAUUUGGAGCGCUGACGCGCAUGAGUGCCGAUUGAGCUGACGGCGGGCAUUUCAACGACAGGAAAGAGGAUUGCGAAACUCGCAGAGUGCAAGAGCCGCAAAAUGGGCACGGAGAAUGCCGAGGGCAGCGCCUCAGCCCUGCCGGGUCUUCGUCUGCGCACGCAAGAACCAUAUUGGCAUGACUAUACCACACACGCAAAACAACGGUGGAUCGGACGCGAGUUGCUCGAGAUCUUCACCACUGAAUUCCGCGAUCGCACCAAGGAAUACUACCUGUGGGCCAUUCACAAAGGCGUCUGCACAGUCAACGGCUCUAAAGCAUCACCGCGGCAGAUCGUGAAAGAUGGCGACUUAAUUGUCAACCGUGUGCAUCGACAUGAGCCUCCCGUCACCGCAGAGCCCAUCCGGAUACUGCACAGAGACGACGAUGCCGGAAGACUUGUGGUGAUCAAACCAGGCAGCAUACCCGUCCACAGCGCCGGGAGGUAUCACCGCUCAACGCUCAUUGAGAUGCUGAAAGCAGACCACGGUAUAUCACAAGUCCACACUGCCAAUCGACUCGACCGUCUUACAUCUGGAGUCAUGGUACUUUCCACAAAGAAGGAAGCAGCUUCAAAGCUUGCUGCUGUCUAUUUAUCUGGCGACGUUCGCAAGAACUACGUCUGCAGAGUACGUGGGCGCUUUCCCGGAGACGGGAAGGAAGUGACGUGCGAACAACCAAUAUUGAGCGUCGACCGUCAGUCAGGCGUCAACAUCGUACACCCGCUUGGGAAGCCGUGUAAGACCAUCUUCCAUCGUCUCUCCUAUGACUCUGCAACGGAUACCAGCGUUGUAUGGUGUAGACCGCUAACUGGGCGAACACAUCAGAUUAGGGUACAUGUCCAGUAUCUCGGCCAUCCGAUAUGCAACGACCCCGUCUACGGUCACGCAAUCUGGGAAGGCAGGUCGCAGGAGGACAUGGCGAAAGAGACAGUGAGUACUGAAAGCUGGAAGGGAGAGGGGGGAACCGGCUCGACCGGUUCCUCGAAGGUGGAUGCGAUCAUCGCCGCCAUCAAGGCGCAGCGGGACGGACAGGAGGACUGGGCGCGGUGGAAGGACGAAGUCAUCUACGGCCACCUUCUCCAAGAGGCCGAGCUUGAACUUCCCGAUUUACCCGGGGCAAAUGCUCAGACCGCGCGCCCUGCAAAAGGCAAGGGCGAAGAAGUUCUCAAGAGCCUCGGGAUCGAAAUUGACACCCAAAGCAACCGCUGGCUCAAGCGCGUGGAGACAGAAGCAUGCGGCAUGUGCGACGAGUGCAAGAUCCCGCUUCUUCCUGAUCCCAGACCAGAAGAGCUAUUCAUUUAUCUUCAUGCGAUGAAGUACGAAACAGAAGAGUGGUGCUAUGAGGAUGAGUUGCCGUGGUGGGCACGCGAAGACUGGCAAGAAGCAAUCUCACAAGCCGAACGCAAACGAGGCGGUCAAAUGUUUUCAUCGGGAUCCGCACCUCCAGCAGAACCUGUUGGCUUCUCGAAGGAGUUUCUGGAUCCAGGUGUUGAACUCAGUGAUCCAGCGCAUCCGGCUGUGCCCCCACAGCAAGAACAGGAUACUACAGUUCGUCUGCUGGACAUGUGCAGCGCCCCAUCCUCGUCAAGUGCUCCUGCACCAGCCUGCCCAUUCCCUGUGCUCUUUGAGGUUUUCCAUGGUCUCGAGGACUUUGCUGAGCAGGAUCUGCAGCGUGUGCUGAAAGAGCGCGGUGCAAUGGUGCGGCCACCACCGCUCGGAGCAUGGCUUCAAGCCGGGCACGUACGAGCACAGGUGGAGGACGGAAUCAGCGCGACUCUCGUUGAUGCCUGGCAGGAUGGACAAGUGCGCAGUGCAGAAGCAGCGCACCUCGUAAUGGGCGAAGCACCCCUGGCUCAAGAGGUGGUGCAACGACUGCGCGACGAUCGACGCUCUGGAGGUCGGAGCAGACGACGGGAGAAAAUUGCAUCAGUCAAAGCAAAAUCUGCAGCACCGAAAAGCAAUGCAGAGCACACUGCAGAAGUGGAGCAGGAGCAUUCCUCAUCUGAUCACCCGGAGAAACUGCCGCAGUCUGAAAGGGACCUCAUAGCACUCAUCCGAAAGCUAUGGGAUGAUUGCCUGCCAGCGCGAGAUCAAGCGUUGGCGUUCUGGCGACAACGCAGGAAAACCCAAUACAACGCGCCACUACAAAGUUUUCGAUGCACUUUCAAUCGCUGCGGAUACCUUCUCCCGACGCUCAUCUCCAAGACCAUGGAAUAUGAGUUGAGCGAUUGCGUGUGGAGCUGGCUUAAUGGAAACACCAAGGCGGAUGAUCCACGCAAUGAAUGGACCGUGGAUCUCAAGGCGCCACAAUUGAACAUCGUGUUCAAGAUGGUGCCGAAUUUUGGGGCCAAUGAGCGUCCCAACAACCUCAUCGAGCACGGUCCACCCCCGGCAGGGGCGCUGUUCGUUCUCCUGGAACUGGAUCCACCCGUCGGCGAGUCACAGCUUCGACCAGCGGCUCUCACUGGCGCAGCUGCAGGUGGCGGAACUGCCCUGGCUUUCUACAGAGCGCACACUCUUGCGAACCUUGCUCGAGUCUUCCCGGAACCAGGCCAGUCUGAGGUCAAGUUACUCGAGCCCUGCGUCGGUGUCGGGCGUAUCGCAACAGAGAUGGUUGCAACCUUGCAGAAUCUGCAACUGGACUUCAAGGUGUUUGCUUGUGACAUCGACACGGCCUCAAUUGCUAAAGCCGACGCAGCCAUCACUCUGUGCAACCUGCAUGACCGCAUCAAGACGAGCACGCAGGACGCGACGGAUGUUGACGCCAUGGCCGCCUUCCUUGGCGGCCGUGAGACGAUCGACACCGUCGUCACCGACCUGCCGUGGGGCCACAGGGUGCUCACGAAGAAUCAGGUCCACAGGCUAUACAGGAACCUCCUCCCGGCGCUGCUCGCCUUACUCAAGCCGGGCGGCCACGCGAUCCUCAUGACCGCCGAAUACACACUGCUGCAGCGCAUUGUGGCCGAGCAACAGGUCCAGAGCAAGAAGGAUCAUCUGAGCAAGUAUCGGCUGGCGUUUGCGCCGCUUCACAUUCCAUUUGAAGCAGGAGAGGACAAUGCGGAGGAGCGGAGCGGCGUGGCAGUAUCGUCGGCUCGGAAGUGGGGCGUUCGGAUGGCGGAGGAGUCUGGUGGUCUGCGCAUGGCUCGUUGCGGACACAUUGUAGGCAUUUUUGACCUGCGCAAGGAGCGUGUCCUCUAGUCAAGCAGCAAUUGAAUAUAC